AUGAAAUCUCUAAAGAUGGAGCUGCCAUUUCGGUCAAUUCUCCUACUGCGAAAUGUGAAGGAUGCAGAUACCUGCUGGUCCCGAGAAGACUUUGACCGAAACAUCCCCAUCUUAAACAUGAAUGCGAGCCAUUCCCUUUAUCUGACGAAGAUAUUCAACUCGGAGCUUCUGGCCGUGGUUUGCGAAAACCGCAGUGAAGGCGACACCAUAAAGGCUCUUUAUAGAAAUCUACAGGACAUUCGCUAUACUCCAACCAUUCUAGUGACACAAUCGAACACAAACCUAAGUGAUUUGUUCGAGGAUUGCCGCUCCCACAAGAUGCUCAAUGUGUUGGCUUUGAAGGACUCUGAUAAUAAAUUUGUCUACAGCUAUCGGGCCUUUCCUCAUCUGCAGGUGGUGAAGCGCAGAGUGGGCCACAUUCGUCGCUACUUUGAGCCCCAACUCAGGAACAUGGAAGGAUACCAGAUCAAGGUUCUACCUGACAAUGUCAUGCCUCGAACGGUCGUCUAUCGAGAUGCCCGGGGACGUCGUCAGAUGACGGGCUAUCUUGCGCACUUAAUAAGGAACUUUGUCAGCACAUUAAACGCCACUAUGCACAUCUGUUGGGAAAAUGUGCCUGAGGAAGAGACCCCCAACCCGACGACUGUGAAUAAAAUGUUACAAGACGAAACUGUGGACUUUCCUCUAGUCCUUACCACUUCUAACGAAUAUAGCGAAUUCUCAGACCACUUGGUGAUGGAGAUCUCCAGUUGGUUUCUUAUGCUGCCCGUGGAGGCAAACACUCAACGGGCUCGUCUAUUCUACAGGAUUAAAGUCUACAAGAUGAUGCCCAUGGUAAUACUUUUGGCUCUGGUGCUCAGUAAUGCUCAGCGAGUGGAAGCAGGUUUGGGACCCAGAGUAAGUUUUGGUAUAGUUUGGGACUAUGUCAUACGUGGAUGCUUGGCGCAACCUUUUGUGCUGCCCCAUGGUCCCUCCUUGCGGGUGAUGUAUAUUUAUGGGCUUCUGCUUUUAUACAGCAUGCUCAUGUGCAACAUUGUCAAUGUCAGCUUAGAAACGUGGCUGGUGCAUCCACCUGUUGAUCGUCGAAUUCUCAGUUUCCAGGACAUGCAAAUGAAGCAACUGAAAAUUCUAAUUUAUAAGCCCGAAUUUUCCGUCAUGAAGAAGGCUCUGAGGGAAAGAAAUCUGGAGCAGAAAUGGGAUAUCUUCGAGCUUACCAACUCCUCGAAAGCUUUCCAAGUGAAUCGCAUCUCCUUGAAUCCGGCUUAUGCAUAUCCUGUAACCACCACCCUAUGGCCAAUUCUAGAGCUAGGACAGGCCAAGCUCCCACGGCCCAUUUUUCGCCGGUCUCAAGAGAUAGUGUUUAAUCCCCGUAUGUUCUUCGCUCUGCCCGUUCCGAAGGACUCAAUCUAUCGCCAGACCUUUACUAAAUUCCUUUUGCACACCCGCGAUAGUGGACUAUACGUAUUUUGGUUCAAGCGGACAUUCAAUGAGCUCGUUGUGUUGGGUAAGAUGAGCUACCACAUGGAUAACAGCACCCAGCCUUAUCAGGAUAUUGUGUGGGAGGACUUUUUCUUCAUCUGGCUGGCGUAUAUUGGAGGCAUUUUUGCCAGUCUGUUGGUAUUCCUUGUCGAAGUUUUGUACUUCAAAUGGAAACACGGAGGGCGCAACGGAAUAUUUUUAAACACGGACUAA